AUAUGAUUAAAUCGGGAAAUCCAGUCAUGGCUAUUUUUAGAAUCACAUUCAUUUUCAGUGUUUGUAUAAAAACGAUUAUUGUUGGUUAAAUGAAGAAAAUGCUGUUAUGGAAUUAUCGUGUCUACAUAAUCGCUUCAUUGUUAGUUACGUUAUCUAUAGGCUACACGAUGUCUUUGGAGUUGUCAACGAUGAGGUUAAGUUUGACGACAUUGUCGUCCUUGCUUAUUCUCGACCCGGAUAUCAAAACUAAAAUGGAUCAGAUGGUAUCGAAAGGGCGAGAAUGUUUUAUCAAUUACGAGUCUACCAUGAGAAACGAAGGAGGCGCCAUUCUUGUUCAGAAGGAGCUCAUUUUGGCAGCGAAUAGUGCGGGAGAUGUAAAUGUUCAAGGCAUGCUAUUAUCUUUAGACGGCAUUACUGUUGAAAUGAAGGCUGUUCGCGAUGCGUUACUUUCUCUGCAAUCAAAUGUUCACUCAAACAUCGAAUCUUGCCGAAGACGUAAACAAAUGCAUGAAACUACCAUCGAUACGGACCAGCUAACGCUGAAAAAAAAAGAGGCGGAAAUUCAGGGAAAAAAUUCCCAGAUCAAGUCGUUUGAGGCGGACAUUGUCAGUAUGGACAAUGACGCGGGGACGCUGGAAAACAGGGCCGAAGCGAUCGACAGUGCGAGACGCCGGAAGAAGAAAAAAGGCGUCUGGGGAGUGGUGGCCUCAGUCGUUGGAAUCGGGCUCGCGCCAUUUACAGGCGGUUUAAGUCUUGGCCUGACAGCGGCCGGAGGCAUCUAUGCGGGAAAAAACUUCGAAGACGCUGAUUACUGCAGACAGACUGCUCAUGAUUGGCGAGCACGUGCACAAACCAGGCGGACUGAUGCCCAGAGACUACGAGAACAGAACGCUGCAGCAGCGGGUAGAACAUCCGCUUUGGCACAGGAAAUCCAAGAACUUCAGUCCAAAAAAGUACAACUAGAAAACACCAUACUUGUCCUGCAGCAGAUGACAUUGGACAUGACGAACCUAGUGAAAUACAUAGAUAGCUUCCUUAACGUGCUUCAGACCAUGGAUACAAUGUUCAAAGAUGUCAGUCUUCACUCUGAGUCGUUCCUCAUCAUACAGAACGCCUUGAGGAAACAACCAGAACGCCUUGCCGACAAGGCACAGGCUGUGCUGGAAGAACUGCAGGGAAAAUGGUCGAACCUGGAAUCUCUUUUAAUUGCAAACGGAGCACGGGCUAUAUUGACAUGUGACAAGAGCGGCAAUAACUGCUAAAUAUCAAUGCCUUUUAUAUGAGCCUCGCUCUGUGAAAAGGGUGUGCGUAAAGUGUUGUCCCAGAUAAGCUUAUGCAGUCCGCAAAGGUUAAUCAGGGAAGACAAUUUCCGCCUAGACAGGAUUUUUUUAGAGAAGACUUCCGUUAAAAUAAAAAUGCCAAAAAAGCGGAAAGUGUCUUAAAUGAUUAGACUGCACAGGCUAAUCUGGGACGAUGAUUUAAGCACAUGCAUUAAAGCCCUGUUUUCCCUGAGCGAGGCCUAUAUAAAUGCGAUUUUAUAAAAAAACACACACACUACAUUUUCAUACUCCGGUUACUAUGUUUGCUUAUGUCGUUAUCUUGAGAUUGGACUUUCUAGUAAUGCAAUGUGCAUUUUCUUAAAACAUUUGGUGGAUUUGCCUCUGUUAUUGAUCAGUUAUUGCAUUGAUGGUUCAGUAAAAUUUUAUGCUUCACACAUGUAUAUAUUUGCCAUGUUUAUUAAAAUGUAUUAACUACUUGGGUUAUGUUUAUAAAUUGACACUUCUUGUGCUUAUAAUGACUGUUUAUUAAUUGAUAUUACACGUGAUAUUUUGCUAGACUAUUAAUAUUGUUUAUAAAAUGUGUAAUGUUUUCGCUUAAUUAAAAAUAGUGAUAACACAUACUUUUGAUUAUUUUAAAUGUCAUUUGUAAGCAAUAUAUCUUCAAUUAAGUUACUCGUUCGACGGUGUAACAUUGUUUCAUUAGUUUUAUGAGAUAUAAUAAUGUUGAAUACACUAUUAAUAAAUUUAACUAUAUCAGUUUUUACCAUUUCAUUAGUUCCACCACCCCAGAGCAUAUCCUUUAAAGGUCCCACCCCCUCGCCAUGAAAGGACGUGACACGACUUUCUCUAACGAUGUGGAAUCUUGAAGGUCAUGUAGCGGUGUUUCAAAUGCGUAAAACUUACAUAGUGUGGACAUAGAAGGAACAUGGGCCACUUCGAACAUUGUAGAGACCGCAUUGUCAUAUUUAAGACCUUGUAGAGACACAGUGAACUAAUCCUGAGAGUGGCGUUGUCGUAUUGAAGAUCGUGUUCUCACUAUCCUAGUGUUGUGUCCGUAUCACGCUCAUGGCGCCCACAUUGCGUUCCCGCCAAGACAUUACCCAUAGUUUUGCAGGUCCUAAUAGGUUAUUGUUGGUUUUACCAUGCUCUGACGUUUGUACAGCGUAACUGCUAUGUAUGCUACAUUUUUUACUAAAUAUACAUAAAUAUAUAAAUAUAAAUAUAAAAGAGA